AUGUCUUUUAAUAUUGUAGAAUAUUCUGUGUGUUUGAUUGAUUAUCUUUUUAUUCGAACGCAUGCAUCCGGUCAAUUAGCAUACAACCCCAUUGAGCAUAGUAUAGCAAUGCUCUCUCAAAAGCUAGCUGGCAUCACAUUGCCAAUUGAUAAACAUGGUUCCCAUUUUAACUCUCAAGGCCAAGUAGUUAACUUAGAGCUUGCAAUGAAGAAUAUGCAUUAUGCUGGUAAAGCUUUGUGUGCUCUUUGGAAUCGUGAUCCUAUCUUUGGAAGACCGGUUACAACACAAUAUAUUGAUCAAAAAAGCUCUCCAUUCG